GGUUCCGGCUUGGAUCGCCCCCAGACCAUGGAUGCCUCUGCCGCGCCAAAGACCCACCAUCCAUCGUGGAUUUCCGUGGCUCCGGAAAAGAGCCCGGGCUUCCCGCAGCUAUCGAGUCUGCCCAAUAUGCUCCUCGACAGGGCGGCUGCGUCUGCAGCACAGCCAUUCCUUUCGUCACGGAACUCGACGCUUCCUGCUCCAGCCAAGAAGGCUGCAAGCUCAUCGCUCGGAUCUCGGCCCCAGCCCCCCAAGUUCCAGACGGCUGGGACUCAAUCGCUCCGGGCGGACGAAUCUACGAUCCGCACGACUUUCCCUUCACAGCCCACCGAGAGCUCUCGGGCACACACGAAGACGAAGCCAUCGGCGACAAAGCCAUCGGAGGCGAAAGGAAUCGAUCGUAUCGGUCUCUCCGGCACAUUCUCGAACCUGUGCAACUCAGACCGAAGAAGACUUCUCGCUCUCAUCCAUCAGCUGGCGGUUUCGGAGCAAUCGAGACAGCGGCUGGGGACAGCGCUCAAACAGCUCGAGAGCCAGAAUGCUACUGUUCGAGCCGAUCUGGAUCACGCCCGACGGGAAGUCAGCGAUUCCCAGGUCAAGUACUCAGAGCUACUGGAGUCGCUUCAGAGUGCUCAAAGUCUCGCAGACCAGUACUUGGCCGAAAACCAGAAGAUCGAGACUCGGGGCGACUCUGCCGAUCAUGACGGACUGCUCGUGAAGCAGCUGGAGGACAGCAUUAGAGCAUUGCUAAAGGAAGAAUUCCAGAAGCUCCAGGACUUGCUGCAGUCGUCAAUUGAGGCUCAUCAACAGGCCUUGUUGGUAGCGGGUAAAGGCUCUCAGACCAUCUCAACAGCCGCGCCGAACUCGUCCAGCCAAUCGAUUCCGCACGAAUCUCUUGGCGAUUCCAUCGAAGCCGACCCCUCGCUGUCGUUUGGGCAAACCACAUCGAUGCAGCGAUUGCUGAUGGCGAUUUUGGAGCGGCGACGAAGAGGCACUCCCGGAUGUGAUCUCCAGACGAGCUCGUCUGCCCCGGUUCUCACAGUCACCCCAGUCUCAGAUUCGAGCCACAGCGAGCCCAUAUCAAAGCCGCGGUCGUCCGGCACUGUCAAAGCGCAAGUCAGCCGGCUGCUGCAGGUUGCUCGCUCCCACAGCCCGUCCAAUCCGAGCCACUCCCGUAGCGAAGCUUCUGACUCUGACUCGUCUGAAUCCGUAACCCCAUCCGAGUUUACGUCGGUAUCGAACCAUGACAAUCACAAAGAGCAAGCCGAUAUCCGCGAUCGAGAAUCUCCUGUUCUGUCCUGGGCUAGCGACAGUCCUGCGUCGCAGGCCCUCUCUGAAGGGUCACCGCGACUCCCAGGGCGGACGAGGCCAAGCAGAGAUCAUGGCCGGGCCGGCUCAGCACACGCAAGAUCCUCGUCAGGGCGAAAGCAUACAGUCGAUAGCACUGACGACUGGCACGACACAGGCUCAGAGUCGUCCCCACAGUCUAUCCGACAGGAAGCGCUGGGCCCUCACAACCAUCGGCGACGAGAGCCGGGACCCAAAGCGCUCGAUCGCCAGAUAUCUGUUUCGCAGCCGAGCCCACCGAGCAAGAUCAAGCGGAGCGUGUGUGCACCUCGUCCACCCAGUCCGAUUCGGCAACAAUCAAUCGACUUUGUCGAUGCCCGGCACCUCCAUCCACCAACCAGCAUCUCGAAGUCUUCGCGCAACAAACAGCAGCUUCACGGACACAACUCGAGGUACCUUCGGUCGCAGCCGUAUCCGCCACAUCGUCAAUAUCCUGAAGCUCGCCAUUCCCACCAAUUGCACAAUCGCAAUCUUGGCCAUGCCGGAGGCUGGGAUGCCCCCGACUAUAUCCCACCUGCCAUACGCUUUGCGGUACCUCACGCUGCCCCCGCUGCCCGGGCAUCUGCCGUUCUUCCAAAUACCCGGCUACAUGCAUUCCAACCCAAACCAAUUGAGCCGAUCCUCUCCUCUGACCAAAUAGAGGCCAGUGAUUCGAUGUCGUAUCCGUGUGCGUCGCGGCCAGACCAGAGCUUGCUCUUUGCAACAGAUACUUCAAUGGUCCAGUCGCUCUCGUCAAUCCUUGAAUCGAUCGGCGAUAGAGAGUCGGACUCGAUCCCCACCCGCGAUUCCCCGGGGGAAUACUAUCCAAAGCAGCAAGCUUCGUCGCAGCCUCAGCGUACUCUGAGAGCCAAGGAAACCCCACCCACCCGUCUAGUUGCAGAAAAGCAUCGCAUCGUCCGCCAAACCCGUCCUGUUCAGUUUCACAAACCGGCAAAUCGAGGAUCAGCUGUGGAUGAUGGGCAUUCGCUUGGAUCUCGCGGCACGGCAUGCACAGAGCUUGAUGAUCUCAUUUACUGUCUGAAUGAUAUGUAACUGCACAUUCGCGAGGCAUUACACAGGUUGGGCGAGAGUAGCUACGCAGCGAAAUUAGCACUGGGUUACAGGCAAUCCAAUAAAAAACGGGACACCCGGGUUUUUGACCAUUCA